UUUAAACUGGUCAAAUUUGGUAAUUAAUAGGCCUUUAGUUUUGGUUUGUUUGUUUUUUUGUUUGUUUGUUUGUUUACACCCAGUCAAAAGUCAGUCCAAAUCAAAGGAGCAUUGCCGAAAAAACUGUUUGCAAAGAAAAUUUUAUAAUAGAUUAAUUAUACACAUAGAACAAGUUAGUUUUUAGAUUUAGUCAGCUUUUCAGUAACUCUAAAUGCAACAAUGGAUGUAAUAUACCUUACAAAAGAAUUGCAUUGAGUAUCAUCUUCAUGAAUAUUUAUAAAGUUUAGCAUCAGGGCCUACUAUGCUCAAGUGAAUGAAAUGUUUAAUCUGUAGGUUUCGGUACCCAUCACUAUCCAAAUCUAUGAUCCUGUAAAUUUUCUUGCUUUAUCACACAGAUAAAGACUUUUUUUAAACACCUUAAUCAAUAGAUCAAUUUACCUACAAGAGGUCAGACCACGUUACAUUUUUGAUCAGAUCGCACUGUAACAGUAUUGUAUCUUUCUUUUCUCUAGCCAAACCUUUGCAUUGCCUCUCUCUGCUUUUCCCUCGUUCCCUUGCUCCCUCGCUCCCUGGACCGCCCCCUCUUCCCUUCCUGGGAAACAUGUUCGAGCUUAGCCAACAUCAUUUGCCCAUAUACCUGACUGGACUGGCUCGCAGAUAUGGGAAUAUCUACCGUCUUCGCUGUGGAAGCACCAGUGAAUAAUUCAUUAAUCUUUUCUUAACUUUCACAAUUUCAGCUUUAAUGCUGUAACUACCUGUAUGAAUCCAAACUGACAUUUAAAAUGUGUUGGUUAUAAUUGUUUUUUUUUAUUAUUAUUCCUGUAUGUUUUGUGCAGCAAUGGUUAUUCUGAACAGUAGUGAGCUUAUUCGUGAGGCUCUGGUCAAAAAGUGGUCUGAUUUUGCAGGAAGACCGCAUUCAUACACGGCUGAUAAAGUGUCAGGUGGGGGCUACUCCAUCUCUCUGGGUGAUUACAGCGAAGAGUGGAAGUCCCAGAGGCGCCUGGCCCAUAGUGCUUUGCAGCACUGUGUUGCUGAGUCUCUUCACUGUCUGAUAGAAGAGCAAGCGCUAUACCUCAAACAGGUGUUACUGGACUAUAACAAGAAGCCUGUGGACCUGUCAGAAGACUUCACUGUAGCAACCAGUAACAUCAUUACAAUGCUAGCCUUUGGAAAAUCAUAUGAGAAGAGCUCAGUACAUUUUCAGGAGCUACAUGGCUGUCUGAAUAGGAUCGUGUCUCUAUGGGGUUCACCAUGGAUCUCAGCUCUGGACUCUUUCCCUCUGCUCAGAAAGUUGCCAAAUGCUUCCUUUACUCGUUUAAUGGAAGAGGUAUCUAGAAGAGAUGAGCUCAUUGGCGGCCACUUAUAUGAGUUAAAGCAAAAGAGAGAUAGCAAAGAAGGCCAAGAUUUUGCAGCACCCCUCCUACAGUACCUUCAAUCACCAGAAGGAAGAGUACCCAAGAUGACUCUGACAGACAGCCAUAUACACAUGACAACAGUGGACCUGAUCAUAGGGGGAACAGAGACGACUGCUGCGUGGCUCAGCUGGACCAUUGCCUUCCUCUUACAUAGGCCAGAGGUUCAGACUAGAGUGUAUGAGGAGCUAAAUAGCGUGCUGAAGGGUCAGUAUCCUUGCUACAGUGACAGACACAGGCUGCCUUAUCUGUGUGCAGUGAUUAAUGAGGUGCUGAGAUUGAGGCCUGUGGCUCCACUUGCUGUACCACACAAAGCCAUCAGAGACAGCAGCAUUGCAGGAUAUUUCAUCCCUAAAAACACCAUUGUUAUCCCCAAUUUAUUUGGAGCUCAUCAUGAUCCAGAGGUUUGGCCUGACCCACACAGCUUUAGACCAGAGCGCUUUUUGGAGGGAGAUGGGAGCUGUCUCCGGGCUCUAAUACCUUUCGGAGGGGGUGCUCGGCUAUGCCUCGGGGAGUCUGUAGCUAAAAUGGAGAUGUUCCUCUUCACUGGAUAUCUGCUACGGGACUUUCAGUUUCUUCCUGCCAGCUCUGAGGAGCCUCUGCCUGACCUGCGUGGUGUAGCCAGCGUGGUUCUAAAAGCCAAGCCCUACAAAGUUAUCGCCUGUCCUAGAGCCUAAUAAAUCACUGUAGUGAAUCUAACUUGUUCUAGGAUUUGUGUAGCUCAAACAGGCUUAUAUUGUAGGACAUUGUUUAUGGGCUAUAUCACUGCAUGAAGUCUCAAAAUAGAUCUAUUGCUUCCUUUUUUUUUUUCAAAGGAAGUGCAUGAGAAAGAGAUGUUUCUGCUGAAACCCUUGUUGUUAGUGUUGAUGAAACUGGUUUGAAUUUAGCCUUGUAUUUUCUCUUUUAAAUGUAAAAUAAAAAGAGCUGUGCAAAAUGGCAGCUUCUACAUUCUUCUAAAUCACAUAAAAUGGACGACACGUUACUCAGAAAUAUGUAUAGAAUGACAGUGGCAUAUUCAAAUUUCUAAUAAAGUAACAUUUUAUGCUGUAAUUGUAAUUGAAACAUGCUGCUGAAAUUUACCAUUAAAAAAAAGCUU